AUGUCGCACCUUGCGUCCAUCUUCAUCUUGUUGCACAAGAUCCAGACGUCGCGGUCAUGCCGUGGCAUCUCGUUCAAGUCCCAGGUCCUGUACUUUAUCGUCUUUGUGACCCGGUACCUUGACGUCCUCACCACCUUCCACAACCUGUACAACACGCUCAUGAAGCUCUUCUUCAUCGGCGCAACCGCGUACACCUUGUACCUCAUGAAGGUCAAGUUCCGCCCCACCCAGGACGCCGCGCUCGACACGUUCAACAUUGCGUACAUUCUCGGGCCCUCGUUCCUCCUGGGCCUCAUCUUCCACCUGCGCGCAGCGGGCCUCAACCCCUUUGUCGAGAUCACUUGGAGCUUCUCCAUCUGGCUGGAGAGCGUCGCCAUCCUGCCCCAGCUCUUCAUGCUCCAGCGUACCGGCGAGGCAGAGACCAUUACCACACACUACCUCGCCGCGCUGGGUCUCUACCGUGCCCUCUACAUCCCCAACUGGAUCUACCGCUACUUCACCGACGGCGGCUUUGACCCCAUCGCCGUCACCGCCGGUAUCAUCCAGACGGCCAUCUACGCCGACUUUGGCUACAUUUACGUUACCAAGGUGCUCCGCGGCGAGAAGUUUGAGCUGCCCGCUUAA